AUGGCCGAGCAACUCGUACUCCGUGGCACCCUCGAGGGCCACUCCGGCUGGGUCACCUCCCUUGCUACCUCCCUGGAGAACCCCAACAUGCUCCUGUCCGGAUCGCGCGACAAGACUCUGAUCAUCUGGAACCUGACCCGCGACGAGACCUCCUACGGUUACCCCAAGAGGAGUCUGCACGGUCACUCCCACAUUGUCUCCGACUGUGUCAUCUCCUCUGACGGCGCCUACGCUCUUUCCUCAUCGUGGGACAAGACUCUCCGCCUCUGGGAGCUCUCCACCGGUGUCACCACCCGCCGCUUCGUCGGCCACACCAACGACGUUCUCUCCGUCUCCUUCUCCGCCGACAACCGCCAGAUCGUCUCCGGAUCGCGCGACCGAACCAUCAAGCUCUGGAACACCCUCGGUGACUGCAAGUACACCAUCACCGACAAGGGCCACACCGAGUGGGUCUCGUGCGUCCGCUUCUCCCCCAACCCCCAGAACCCCGUCAUCGUCUCUGCUGGUUGGGACAAGCUCGUCAAGGUCUGGGAACUCGCUUCCUGCCGCAUCCAGACUGACCACAUCGGUCACACCGGCUACAUCAACACCGUCACCAUCUCGCCCGAUGGCUCUCUCUGCGCUUCCGGUGGUAAGGACGGAACCACCAUGCUGUGGGACCUGAACGAGUCCAAGCACCUCUACUCUCUCUCCGCCGGUGACGAGAUCCACGCCCUUGUCUUCUCCCCCAACCGCUACUGGCUGUGCGCUGCCACCGCCUCCAGCAUCAUCAUCUUCGACCUUGAGAAGAAGUCCAAGGUUGACGAGCUCAAGCCUGAGUACAUGGAGGUUGGCAAGAAGAGCCGGGAGCCCGAGUGUGUCUCCUUGGCCUGGAGCGCCGACGGUCAGACCCUGUUCGCCGGAUACACCGACAACCGUAUCCGCUGCUGGGGUGUCAUGGCGAGGGGAUAA